GGGGGUCACGUGACGCCUGCACUAAAGCAGAUGCCGGCACACAGCUGACGACACACGCCGCGAGGCACAGUAAGCAGAGUGGUUGGUGUAUGGAAUAACGCUACUGUCUACCUCACGCCAGUCUGCGUGAGCGUAAACGCGUGCAUUUCGGCUUCCUCGCCUAGUGACUUGGCUGUCUUGCCAAGUCACAACAGAGACCUCGAGGGGGAAGUUGAGCCGCUUAUCUGGAGAGGGUUUUCUUCCUGUGCGCACGCCCUCUUUUGUCGUGAUGCGUGACAAUUGCGUCUUUGUCAGUUGAGUUUGACUGUUCCUGGUGAAUCGUUGCUCCAAUGGCAAACUAUAAAGCUUUAGAUAGCUCAAUUCAAAAAAUUCUGAAAGAAAGUAUUUCUUUAGAUGAACAGCAGAAGAAACAAUAUAAUGCAAAGUUACAAGAGCUUUUUGAUAUAUUGGAAACAGAAAUGAAGAAACAAGAAGACUUCAAAGCACUUUUUCGACAAAAACAGUAUGUAGGAAGCUACUUCGAGAAUCUGAAAAUUGAAGAGCCCGAUGAAUUUGAUGUUGAUUUUGAACUAGUCAUCCCUUCAUAUGUUGGUGAGUUAAAGGUCUGUGCUAGCCCACAUCCUGGUUUCUGCCAGCUAAAGCUGAAUCCGCCUCCUGCAGCAUCAAGUAGUGGGAAUGAUACAGUCAAAACAAAAGUGAAGAAGUGGUUUGAUGAAAAAGGCUUUAUGUUAAGGUCGAAAGUUCAUCAGUGGAUGCAAGGUGUUGUCGAUAAUGCAUUAAGGGAAUACAGAAGCAGUGACAUGAAAAAAACAUUUAAGAUUGCCAGAUCUUAUUCAGGGCCAGCUAUUACCCUCAAUGUAGAACAUGCUACACAACCAGAGAUGAAGUUUUCAAUUGACCUUGUUCCUGUCUUUGUUUUCCAAGGCUGGCCAACCACAGUCCAUAAACUGCACAAAUAUAAAAAGACAAUGGGUGAUGAUAAGAGAUGGUACGCAGUGCCAAAAUCAAAAGAAUCUGAAAGGGAUUUUCGAUUGUCAUUUUGGCAUCAAGAGAAACACUUGCUUUCUGGAAAAAAUCAGUUGAAACCUGUAUUAAAAUUAAUGAAGAAACUAAGAGAUGUCCAAAAUUGGAAAGGAAUUGCAAGCUACUACUUAAAGACACUCUUUUUAUGGAAAAAUGACACUGAUUAUAAUUGGUCCAAAAGUAUGGGUGAGCUUUUUAUUGAGAUGCUGGGAGAGCUGAAAGAGUAUUUACUGGUUAAAAAAGCCCUUCCAUUUUACUGGGUCAGUGAAUGUAAUCUGUUUUCACAAUUAAAAGAUGAACAAAAAAAGUGCAUGGGAGGAUUUCUGCAGAGGAUGAUUGCAGAUAUUGAAAGAAAUUUGGAUAAACCUGACUACUUGCUGAAGUAUUUUAAACCAAGCAACGGUAACAGUUCUGCCAGUGGAGUGUCACACGCACUUGCCUCACUUACCCUGCGGAACUGAUUAAGUGUGAUGUAAUGUGUAUUCUACACACAAUGACUCAUUUCUGGAAUUACCAUCAAAAAUUCUGUAAGCGUGUGUGAACAACUGCAGAUGUGUUAUGUCAGUAAUUUUAUACUGCACUGAAGAAGUUCAUGAAAAAUUGUUAUGCAUACUGAAAAUCUUCACAUAAUACUAUAUCUAUGACGCAACCUAGGUGCCUUACCAAAUAAAGGAAAAGACAGCUAAUGGCUGAUGUGGUAUUUCAAUGAUUUGAACUUUGUAUCUUCAAAUAAGAAGGAAAAGAAACUGCUCAGAUAGAAAUUAAUUGCAUGGAAAGGAAAUCAGACAAAGUCCUUAAUUUUCACACUUAACUUGAAACUACAGAAAACACCUACAGUUGCUCAUUGUGCCAUUGUAAUGCACAGUGAGAGGCCGUAUUUUUAGGAGUGAACAAUAAAAAACUUACUUUUUUACUAAAA